AUGGACAUUUAUGACGAGCGUGAACCGGGCGAAUGCUCACGUACACCAUCACCGGUGUCGGAAGUUGCUCAUGUAAACGUUAAGAAAGCGCCCAUUAGGAGGACGCAUAGGUAUGAAAAUACAAAAUUUCGGAAGGACGCAAUUGAAUUGGUGGAUUUAGUAGAAGAAGACAACGAUGGAGACAUCGAAAUAAUACAGAUGUCAGUUAAAGCCGGAAGUAGCGAUGAUGAUUUAUUCGUUCUGGAUACUGAAGGGUCGAGAAUUGUUGAGGUAGAAGAAGUGAAUAAAAAAAAUCUUACUGUUACCGCAACACCAGGGCAUGGUUUAGAGAAAGAAGAACGUAAAGUUUUACUGAAAACUGCGAGAAUAAGAGGAAAAGAUAAUGUUUUUGAUGUAACCAAAAUUCUUACGAAUGAUGCUGCACUUCCGUCGCCAUCAGAAGAAAAAAAAGAAAGCACGUUCAAAAUAAGUUGUUUCAAUUGUGCUGGCGAGCAUACCUUGCAACAGUGUGACAUUCCCUUAAAUCAGCGGAGGAUCGCUGCCAACCGUGCUGCUCAUUUUAAUAACAAACGUUCAACUCAAGAACGUUAUACCACAGCAAGUAAUACUGAGACAGCAGGCACAUGUAAUAUGAGGCCUGGAGAAAUCAGUAAUACUUUGCGUGAAGCAUUAGGGAUAGGCCCAAAUGAUAUUCCAGAAUGGAUUUAUCGAAUGCGUCGAAGAGGCUUCAUUGAUGGCUAUCCACCAGGAUAUCUGUCGGAGGCUCUUGAUCAAAGUUCUGGUGAGGAGUCAUUAUUAGAAUUUCACACCGAUGAUAAAACAUUGGAAAGUCCACACAUUAUGCGAGAAAAAGAUAAAUGGAAACGACUUACGGUUUCUGCUGAUAAAGUGAUUGCCUAUCCCGGUUUUAACUAUUGUAAUCGAUAUCUUAGAGAUCGUGAACGUUUCCGAGUACCUAGAUUUGAUGAGUACAUUCGGUAUCUUCGAGAAUAUGUCAAGGAAAGGCAUCCGCAGCGAUUACUUGAUGGUAGAAACAGAAAACGGGGAAAGUACACGGAUGAGCACCUAAGUGAUCGUAAACGAUCAAAAAAAGACUCGGAUGACAGCCUUAUUUUGGUUGGUGAUGAACCAAAAGAAAGUGUGGCAAAGUCUACACGAUCAUUAGAAGAUACUGUAUUGGAAAAAAAUGUGGAACAUAACACAUCAAUUGUUGGUCUUGAGACUUCGAUGUCUUAUGCAGAAGCUGGGUCACAAUCAGUUAAUAGCAAUGAUCAUAGAAUUUCUUUUGGUACACCCGUAGUUUGUCGACUGGAACAUGAUAAAAGGAAACCAAGCUUAGAGAAAUUCCGAGAUGGCAUUGUGCCAUUUGAGGCUGUCGAAGAAAGUACCGGAAAUCGCGGUUUCUUCAGGACACUUAUGUUAAAAAUCCGAAAAAAAAAUGAGGAACCAUCUGAUGAUACUGCCCAUAUCUCUGCACCUACGGAUCAUGCAAAAAGAAGUGUUGAAGUGGAUAUUGAUGUAAGUGCUUUUUUGGUGGACGAAACAUCAUCAGAUGAUUCAGAUGAAAUUGCUGUGUUUGAUAGUCGAGAUCUGAGUCUUUUAAAUAAUGAAAGAAAAGCAUUAUGCGAGGAGAGGAUAUGUAAUUUAUAUAAAACAUUUCGCUACAAUGGACCCGAAUAUAAAACACGCAGGACUGUUUACGGGUUUGCAACACUGGACACUGAAUUCUUUGAUCAUAUUCAAGAAAAGAUUACUCUUGAUUAUGAUGAGGAAAAGAUUUCCAAAGCUAUCACUGCAUUUCAUAUUGAUAAAAUGGGAAUAAGAGAAGGUGCGGCUAAAAUGGAGAUAUCAGUAUUCAAUUUCAUUGUCCUUUUAAUGGACCAUAUUUGGAAAGAACGCGACAAAACAAUCGAUAAUUACAGUAUAUCUCGGGUUGCUGGCUACCUUGGCGUGGAUCGCGCUCAUAUGUUUAUUCUUGGCAAUUUGAUAAACAGUAAUGUCGUCUUAGCUCCUUCGGAAAUAGCGAUUAAAACUCUUUCUGAACCCAUCGAACUAAUUGUGAUGUUGACAAUGUUAUUGGCACAAAUGUAUGGUUGGUCCGUUGCUAAGGAUUUCAAUCAGAAUUGGAAAAAUAUUGAAACAUCUUCUAUACCAUCAGAUGAAGAGGCCAUGCAAUCCAUGGAUGAUUUUGUAACCAUUGCACGCGAAGUAUUAGAAGAUUUCAGAAAUGAUCGGUCAUCUCCUCUCUGCAGGCACGUAAACGAUGGCUGUGGCAGCGAUUUAGUGAUAAUAUCAAACAAACUGACACAAUAUGCUAGUAAUCUUCUCAAUGAAUUGGUAGAAUUUUUUUUGAAAUUUUAUGAUGAUAGUAACGAUAAUCAUGAUAAGAGUGGUUAUAGGGAUGAAUGCUUCACUUUGAUUAUGCGGAAUUUCUCCUCAUCAAAUGAGAGUGUACCGCAAGCAAGUGUUUUAACUCGAGAUUGGAUAAAUCAAGCCGAAAUGUUGACGAAGGAGCAGCGUGAAAAUCUAACAGAGAAAUCGAUGUUGGAUUCACAAAAAAAUGUUCAAACUUUUUCGGCUAUGGCUAAUGAGGAAAUCAGUGUUGUCGAUGUGACUCACAGUGAAAAUAUACAGAAGAAUUACGUCAUUAUCAAUGACCCCGUCAAUAUUAGUGAUAUUCCGAAUGGGUCUUUCUGUUUAGCUCGUCAGCAAAAAGCAUAUAAUUUCGUUCGUUGUCAAAUUGUUGAAAAGGUAUCUCCGCGUGAAUACAACGUGUUGUUUGGUGAUGGUAAUGAGGAAAUAAUUGAUAUAUCUCGCAUUGCACUUAAAGUUGAGGGUCGUUUACAUAUGUGGGAAGGAGUGCGCGUUUGUGCUUUAUAUGAGCCAAAGCUUCAGUUUGGACGGUACCGAAAAGCGUUUUAUUCAGGGAUAGUAGGUGUUGGACCACAUGGAUUUUCACAAAAUGAAAUGCUAGUAUUUUUUGAUAAUGGCAUUGACAGUUUCGUUCACGAACGAACAGUUUACAUUCUUGCAGAGCAAAAGUGUAGACUUCAAAAUUGCAAAGAAGAAAUAGAUCGUCGCAAUAAUUGGUGCCUAGUACCACAGUUUCGACAAAAGUUUGUUAAACAUUAUUUGAAGAAUUUUCCGGAUUGGCCACUUGUAUCGAUGAAGCGUAAGGAAAACACGCAGCGUGUAAAUAUUCUCCGAGAGGGUAAACCUCAUUCUGCAUAUGUUUUGCGGACCGAAAGACAAUUCGCAUUGCUUCGCUUUCCGAUUCGUAAUAGAUGCGGUGCAGAUUGUGUAGUAACCCCAUGCAAUCGUCAUAUUCACAUAGAUGAAUGGAUUUAUCGUGGUUCAGAGAGAUUAGAAGCAAUCCGUCAAACAAUUGAUAGAUUGGAAAAAAUCGAACAACAAGAGAAAACGGGAGUUCUGGCAGCUCCAUUGCGUUCCAGACGAGAAGCACGAUUAGCUCACAAUUUGGAAUAUACACUUCCACUACCUGGACAAAGUAUCUCAAAUAUGAACUCAAGCAAGGAGAUGAAUCUUUGUCCACGUGGUCGAGCUUUACUAAGCGACAACGAACCGAAUUAUCCCAGACGUCAAACAGCUCGAAAAGGAGGAAUACUAGCCGUACAGCACGAGAUUGAUUAUCAAGAUUGUUCAAUUAUUGAAGGAAGAGUACUUCGCUUACGUAAAGAGAGGAAUCUUACUGUACAAGAUAUACCGGAAUGGAACAAUUUGCAACAAAUGGUUCAUCUUCAAUGUUCAGUCAGAUGUUUGCAACAUCUAGAUAAAGAUCCAUAUGAUAAAGAAUUUUGCGGCUAUUCUCCUUAUAUGAUUCCUCUACUAGUAGGUUGGUCACGUGAGAUUGUAACAUUCACAAGGAAGGCUAAAGUAGCCCAUAGUCGUAAAGCGAUAAGUUCAGCUGUUGUUUAUCGCACACCAUGUGGAAUCUCUAUUUAUAGAUUGGAUCAGAUUUCGAAAUAUUUAAAAGAUACAUACAGCCGUUUAACUAUUGACUUGUUCACAUUUGAUCGAACAAUUCGCCCGAAUGUAAUUUAUCGUACACCGGUUGAAGCUAAGUUAAUGGAUGAUUUUACGAAUGGUUAUGAAGCUAUUCCAAUUUCUGUUUAUAAUGAAAUUGAUGACGAAUUACCACCAAAAAUUGAAUAUAAUCCACGACGAUAUCCUUAUGAUAAGGAGACAGACGUGUCAUCCAUAUCACGUGAUUUUUGCAGUGGAUGUACUUGCACUGAUGACUGUGCGGAUGAAACCCGAUGUGAAUGUCGCUUAUUAACUCGUUCAGAAGUACUACGUUUGGAUAAAAGUCUUCAACCAUCAUAUGCUAAAGGAUAUAUGUAUCGUAAUUUGGCGCUUGGAGGUACAGAUGAAUCUUAUUUGUCAGGUUUAUAUGAGUGUAAUGACAAGUGUGGAUGCAGUCGAAGUAACUGCCAUAAUCGAGUGGUGCAACAACAAAUGAAAAUUCCUCUUGAGUUGUUUAAAACGGAAAAAAUGGGUUGGGGUGUUCGGUCAAUGAUUGACAUUCCAGCUGGUGUCUUCUUAUGUACUUACGCUGGUGCAAUUCUUACAGACAGCCAAGCGGAAAAGGAAGGCAAAACGUUCGGUGAUGAAUAUUUUGCUGAUGUAAAUUUGGUAGAUAAUGUUGAAAAGGAGAAACAUAAUGCUGGUGUUGAUUUGGGAGAUUCAAAUGACGGUUAUUAUUCAGAUGAAGAAAACAACUGUGGUGGUGGAUCUAAUUUAUCAGUUGAAAGUGAAUUGAUUACGGUUGAUGAUGAUGCAUGUGAGGAGGAAGACGAGGAUUAUGAUAGUGGUCAGGAUUCUUCGCUCUCUUCAGAAGGAAAUCAUUCCGAGUCUAAAGCUGUUAAAAUGCAGAAACGUCGAAAACUUGUGCGAGAAAAUAAUGAAAAACAGCGGGACUCUUCAACACGGGAAUCAGAAAAGAGUGAGUUAGCAGCAGCAGAUCUAGAUUAUGCUCGUUCAUCACUUGUUAUGGUGGAAUCAGAUGUCUUUACGGGUGGAACAAAAUCUGACAGUGAUGAUAUGCCGGCAGUUGAACCAGCAGGUCCACCCGAAGGUCGUUUCGAUAUGGUAAAAUAUGUUGAGAGUAUGAAACUUCCGUCAUUGUACACAAUUGAUGCUAAGAAAAAGGGUAAUAUUGGACGAUUUUUUAAUCAUAGCUGUCAGCCUAACAUUCGUACCCAAUUGGUAUAUGUUGAUACUCAUGAUUUUCGUUUACCUUGGAUUGCGUUUUUCACGACAACAAAGAUCUCUGCGGGUUCAGAACUGUUUUGGGAUUAUGGUUAUUCGGAAGGUGCUGUGGAUGGAAAGCAGCUCGAAUGCUUUUGUGGGUCACGUUUUUGUCGUAAGCGGCUUCUCUAA